CCUUCGGUGCCGAUCCUGCAGGCAUGUCCGCCCGGCGUCCUCUCCCCCACUGGGCUGGGAAUCGUACUGCGCACAGAGGUCCUAGGCUGCGGACGAUGCCCCUGUGGGGCAGCAUCUUGCUCACUGCCGGCCUUGCCCUGGACCUGGCAUCAGAAAACUGCAACUGCACAGGGCCCAUGGAUUUCCAGGACUUCCAGGCUGCUGCGCUCCCUGACACCUGCUGUCUCAACUUCACCAGCUCCAACAUCACCCACCUGGACUGGGGCACCCUGGCAGAGGUCCGGGGCCUGCGGGAGCUCUACCUCUCGCACUGCAGCAUUACAGCCAUCAGCAACGCCCAGGGAGUCACCCCUACCUUGGAGAUCUUGCACUUAAGUCACAACCAGCUGGAAAGCCUCCCUGAAAGCUUUCUGGAAAAUGCCCCUAGUUUGAAGGUUCUUUAUCUGGACAGGAACCAGCUCCAGGAGUUGCCCAAGUCCUUUCUGAAAGCAUCGACCCAGGUCCAGGAGGUCUACCUAGGCUUCAACGCUUUAACUUUCCUUCCUGCCAGCCUCCUGCAGCCGUCUCUCCUCCAGCUCCAGCUCUCCAACAACAGCUGGGACUGCAGCUGCGCUUUGCUCAGCGUCCUGCAGAGCCGGCCCAGCCUGGCCACUGAGGUUAUCUGCCACACGCCAGAGCACUACCAUGGCACCGACCUCCAGAGCAUCCCCCGGGAUGAGCUGUGCCGCUCACACAACCUCACCGCCCUCUUCAUCUGCCUGCCCCCACUGUUCAUCCUUGCCAGCAUCACCUGCUGCUUCUGCAGGCGGAGGAGAAAGACCAACUACAGCUUUCAGAGCAGGCCUGAGAGCCACCUGGCCAUGGCAGAGACGAGCAAUGCAACGGUGCCCGCAGAGCCCCACCACUACGUCCCCUACGAGCUGCCAGCUGCCCCCUCCGAGACAGAGAAGAAAGUGCUCCUGGGGAACCAGGUCCUGCUCCAGCCCUCCGCAGCCCUGCUGGAGAGUGGCAAGGACCUCUAUGAGGAGGUGGAGAUCCAGGUGGGAUCCUCCAGCAGUUCCCUGGUGCUGGCCAACCCAGGGCAGCCAGGAACGGAGCCGGGCACGGAGCAGGACACUCCAGCACCACCAAGGGCAGAGUUGCUGGUGGGCAGCGAGGCAGAAGAGGAAACCGUGAGUGUGAGCGACGUCCUGAAGGACUCCGCCGACCGGGAGAAGAUGUACAUGAGCCAGUCGACCAACUAUUACAACCUGGUACCUGGCAUCGAACUGGAGGACUCAGACAACCUGGAGUAUGAGAACAUCGACCUGCACUGAAAUGUGGCUGGAACUGAGGGCUGUGUCUAGGGCACACCGGGAGGAUGGCAGGGGGCCAGGAUGUGCCUCUGGGCUGGCAGCGAAAGCUGGUGGAGCAGGAGAGGCAUGAGCUGUCACACGGUGGCUUACACCAGCUGUGUGCAACGCUGCACCCCCAAAUUCCCCUCCCCUCCCCUCCCCUCCCCUGCACUGCCGCCUCUGCCCCUCGCUUGCCAUGCCGGCGUCCUGCAGCUGGGCAGGGGGUGGCGAGGGGGCUUCAGGCACCGGGGCUGCUGCAGACAGGCAGCGUUUGGGGACACGAGGACUCGUGGUGCCCAAGGAAGGAGGUGGACUGUCUCAGCUCGUUUUUGGGACCAGGGAACAAAAUUGCAUCCCAGACCUGACUGUGGCCUUCACGCUCUCUUUCUGGGGCCAGGACACUGCCGUCUGGGCUCGAUGGCAUCCUGCACGGACCUGCCUCUUGCCAGCCCCCAGAUAACGGGGACAGCGGGCCAAAAAUGGGGCUGGCUCUGCUUCUGCCCUCGUGGUCUGCAUCAGGGCUGCAAAGCCCUGUGUGGGCAAGGUGUCCUGGGCCUGGCGGGGGUUCGUUGCGAGGGGGCGCCCGGUGCGGCCCUGCCUGCUCAGCCGGGCACCCUGUCCCCACAACACAUCCCAGAGCGUCCUGCUGCGUGAGCCCUGCGUGGGCGUGAAACAGCUGGUGCCCUUCAUACGUGUCUCUGGGCGCACAAGCGGGCGGGCGGGCGCGGAGGGCCUGGGGGC